CUAUGAGCCUCCUGUUACUUCUGGUUGUGACAUAAGUCACAAACCUGAAGCAAUGUAUGACAUUGCAAGUGCCUUCAGAUUUGUUCCCCGAAAUCGCACUACCUUCAGAGAAUACAUUAUUUGCUGCACAAUGCUUGGUUUAAAACAAACAAAAAAAUAGCGAUAUAGUCAUGUAGACCCUUCUUCCAGAAGUAUUAUUGACCAUAUUUGAUGGGUGGGUGAGGGUUUCUGAGUGAAAUUGUUUUCUGGACUCUGAAAGCUUUCUUUUGGAAUCCAAAUGAGAGUACUUCUCACAUUCAAUCCUUUGUCAUAUCUUCAUUAUUUACUGGCUCUUUGUAUACUUACUUUGUACUGUAGUUGCAUCACUACAGUAUACUACUGUUGCAUAGCCAAGAGCAAAGAACAAAUGACCCAAAUAUGGACUACGAAAAUACCAAGCAGGAGCUGUGAACAUAGUGCUGACCUUUCUGUUUUCUUCUGUUUGUAACUCUACUGGGAGCUAAUUCUCUUCGCUACUUGGGAGGAUGAGGCAGACAACCAGCAUACCAGCUAGUUAUGCAAGCAAGCACAUAACAGGCCAGUGAGCUGCAGCAGAUUCCAAGAUGUCUUCGAAGAGAGUGCCAUUCUACCAAAAGAGACACAAGCAUUUUGAUCAAUCGUAUCGCAAUAUUGAGACAAGGUACUUGCUCCAAGAAUAUGCAGCAAGGAGGGCUGCCUCUAGGCAAGCCUAUCAGACAUCUUCUAGCCUGGGAAAAACAACAUGUAGACUCUGCGCCCGGAAGUUCCAUGUCUCAUCUGAAGAGGAGUCACAGGAACUCCAAGCAAGGAGUCACGAGCAAAGGUCCCAUGCAAGUGAAGAAAGAAGGAUCCGGUUUACCACCGAUUUGGCCUCUAUAGAAUCGGAGAUUCGUUCAGCCAGGCUGCUUGCUAGAGAACAACUGGAUAAAGUUGCCAUACAGAGGAUGGUUGAAGAAAAGAUGGCCUUGGAACGGUAUGCAGUUGCAGAGACAAUAAGCCGGGCUCCUGAAAUUUUGGUCCGACUCCGGUCUCACACUGUUUGGGAAAAGAUGGCUGUCAGGCUGUACUUCACUGUCCAAGGAUUUCCCACUCCUGUUGUACAAUGGUACAAAAACGAAGAAUUGAUUACUCCUGCAAGUGAGCCUGGAAAGUACAGAAUUGAAAGUAAAUAUGGAGUUCAUGUGUUGGAAAUAAACAGAUCUCACUAUGAUGACACCGCCACUUAUACCGCAGUGGCAACAAAUGUGCAUGGACAGGCAUCCACCAAUGCAGCUGUAAUUGUGAGGAGGUACAGAGGGGAUGAAGAGCCAUACCCUGCUGGACUCCUGUAUGGUCACUUGCCUAUGCCAUUGGACAUAUGCUUCACCCAUUUUGAUGUUCAGUUUUUGGAGAAGUUUGGUGUCACCUUUGGCAUGGAAGGGGAAACACUGACCCUCAGAUGUAGUCUUCUGGUCACACCAGAGCUGACCCGUCUUCGACCUCGUGCUGAGUGGUACAGAGAUGAUGUGCUCAUGAAAGAAUCCAAGUGGACAAAACCAUACUUUGGGGAAGGUCAGGCAGCACUGUCUUUCAGCCACCUGAACAAGGAUGAUGAAGGUUUAUACACACUGCGCAUAGUCUCCAAAGGUGGAGUGAAUGAAUAUAGUGCAUUUCUGUUUGUGAGAGAUGCAAAUGCACUAGUAAUAGGGGCACCAGGAGCACCAAUGGAUGUGAAGUGUCAUGAUGCAAACAGAGAUUAUGUUAUUGUUACUUGGAAACCACCCAAUACAACUCAUGAAGCUCCAGUUAUUGGAUAUUUUGUGGACAGGUGUGAAGUCGGCUCUGAAAACUGGGUUCAGUGUAAUGAUGCGCCUGUAAAAAUCUGCAAAUAUCCCGUGACUGGCUUAUUUGAAGGACGCUCCUACACAUUCCGUGUGAGAGCGGUCAACCAGGCUGGUAUCAGCAGGCCAUCUAGGAUCUCUGAGGCUGUCGCAGCUCUUGACCCCCUUGACUUGGAGAGGUUGCAAACUGUUCAUCUGGAAGGAGGCAAGGAGAUUGUUAUCUAUCAAGAUGAUCUUGAAGGCGAUGUUAAGAUUCCAGGACCUCCCACCAAUGUACACGCUUCAGAAACCAGCAAAACAUAUGUUGUGCUCAGCUGGGAUCCACCUGUUCCCCGUGGCAAAGAGCCAUUAUCAUAUUUCAUUGAGAAGUCUGUGGUUGGUAGCGGAAGUUGGCAGAGGGUCAAUGCCCAAGUGGCAGUCAGAUCUCCACGCUAUGCUGUGUUUGAUCUUGCUGAAGGGAAGCCGUAUGUGUUCCGCGUGCUGUCAGCAAACAAGCAUGGGAUUAGUGAUCCCUCUGAAAUCACAGCUCCUAUCCAAGCGCAAGAGGCCAUUGUUGUUCCAUCUGCACCGGGACGUAUAGUGGCAACAAGAAACACAAGGACCUCUGUUAUUGUGCAGUGGGACAAGCCAAAACACGAAGAAGAUCUAUUUGGCUACUACAUUGACUGCUCUGUGGUGGGAUCAAAUCACUGGGAACCUUGUAACCAUAAGCCUGUCAAGUAUAACAGGUUUGCUGUGCAUGGCUUAGCCACAGGAGAGAAAUACAUCUUCCGUGUGAAAGCUGCAAAUGCAGUGGGAAUGAGUGAAAAUUCACAGGAGUCUGAGCCUAUAACAGUGCAGGCAGCUCUCACUUGCCCAUCAUAUCCUUAUGGUAUCACACUUCUCAACUGUGAUGGCCAAACAAUGACUAUUGGCUGGAAACUUCCAAGAUACAGUGGUGGAUCAAACAUUCUGGGUUAUUACAUAGACAAACGGGAAGCACAUCAUCACAACUGGCAUGAAGUCAACUCUUCUCUUAUUAAAGAGAGGAUCUAUACAGUAGAGGACUUGACAGAAAAUGCAUAUUAUGAGUUCAAAAUUGCUGCUGCAAAUAUAGCCGGUAUAGGACAGGCCUCUGACCCUAGUGAGCAUUUCAAAUGUGAGGCUUGGACAAUGCCAGAACCUGGACCUCCCUAUGAUCUUACCUUUUGUGAGGUCAGGAAUACGUCCCUUGUGAUUCUUUGGAAAGCUCCCGUAUACACUGGCAGCAGCCCUGUUACUGGAUAUUUUGUGGACUACAAGGAAGAAGAGGGGGAAGAAUGGAUCACAUUCAACGAGAAACCAACAUCACACCGUUACUUAAAGGUCACUGAAUUACAUGAGGGUAAAACCUAUGUAUUUAGAGUUCGUCCGGUGAAUGAUGCUGGUGUAGGCAGGCCAUCUGAUGUUUCUGAAGCUGUGCUGGUUCACGCUAAACCAGAUACCCAGGAAAUCAGUGCAGGUGUGGAUGAAGAAGGUAAUAUUUACCUUGCCUAUGAGUGUAAAGAAAUUACCGAUGCUUCUCAUUUUGCUUGGAGUAAAUUCUAUGAAGAAAUAGAUGAUCCUGACAGGUUUGAAGUUGAAACAGUUGGAGACCAUUCUAGACUCUAUUUCAAAAAACCAGACAAAGAUGAUUUGGGAACCUAUGCUGUUGCUGUUAGUGAUACUGAUGGUGUUUCAUCCAGUUUUAUUAUGGACGAAGAAGAGCUUGAACGUCUGAUGACACUAAGCCAUGAAAUAAGGAAUCCAACAAUCCCUCUGAAGUCAGAAUUAGCCUAUGAGGUUUUGGAUAGAGGACAAGUUCGUUUCUGGCUUCAGGCUGAGAGCGUUUCAGCAGAUGCCAGCUAUAGAUUUGUAAUCAAUGACACUGAAGUUGUCAACAGUGAUACUCAUAAAAUUAAGUGUGACCAUUCAACUGGCAUUAUUGAGAUGGUCAUGGAUCGUUUUACUAUUGAAAAUGAAGGUACUUACACUGUACAGCUUCAAGAUGGAAAAGCCAAGAAUCAGUCUUCAUUAGUUCUGAUUGGUGAUGCAUUUAAAGAUGUAUUGGCUGAGGCUGAGUUCCAGAGGAAGGAAUACUUGAGGAAACAAGGUCCUCAUUUCCUGGAGUAUUUAUACUGGGAUGUUUCAGAAGAAUGUGAAAUUUUACUGCUUUGUAAGGUAGCAAAUACCAAGAAGGAGACCAUUUUCAGGUGGUUCCGAGAUGGAGCUGGAAUUGACGUUGAAGAGUUGCCGGACUUGCAGAAAGAAGUGUGCUGCCUGACUAUUCCAAGGCUGUCUAAAAAGGAGCAGGGUGAAUAUAAGGGAACACUGUCAGAUGACAGAGGUCAAGACGUCUCUGCUCUUGAUGUAUCAGGGAAAGUAUAUGACGAUAUGAUCCUGGGAUUGAGUAGAGUCAGUGGCAAAUCUGCUUCUGAGCUGAGAAUCCACUGUACUCCAGAGGGAAUAAGAUUACAGUGUUUCAUGAAGUAUUAUACAGAGGAAAUGAAAGCGAGCUGGUAUCACAAGGAAUCUAAGAUUUCUUCUAGUGAGAAGAUGAGGAUUGGAGGUAGUGAAGAAGUGGCCUGGAUGCAGAUCUGUGAACCCGCAGAAAAAGAUAAAGGGAAAUAUACCUUUGAGCUGUUUGAUGGCAAAGAGGCUCAUAAGAGGACUCUAGAUCUAUCUGGACAAGCAUAUGAUGAUGCCUAUGCAGAAUUUCAGCGGCUCAAGGCAGCAGCUUUUGCUGAGAAGAAUCGUGGUAAAGUCAUUGGUGGUUUGCCUGAUGUCGUGACUAUAAUGGAAGGCAAGACCCUGAAUCUGACCUGUACUGUGUUUGGUAACCCAGAUCCUGAACUGGUCUGGUUUAAGAAUGACAAGCUGCUUGAACUUAAUGAGCACUAUGUAGUUACACUGGAGCAGGGAAAGUAUGCUGGUUUGGUCAUCAAGGGGGUAUCAUCAGAGGACUCAGGGAAAUACAGCAUCAAUGUUAAGAACAAAUAUGGUGGCGAGAUGGUGGAUGUAACUGUAAGUGUGUACAAACAUGGUGAAGAGAUUCCAGACAUUAAACCCGGUGCAGGUGGCAAAGCAAGGCCAAUACUGGCAGAAGCCGCUCAUGAACCCACCAAGCAUGAUAAAUCUGGGGCAAGUGGCAGGAAGUAGAUGUUGAGGUAGUGUGCUGACAAACAAAAGGCUAGAAAGAAGCUGUAGUAUUCCUAUAGUGUGUCUGCAAUAGGUAACUGGCAAGGUCCAAAGAGCAGUUAGUCUUUCUGAAGUGCGCACCACAGUCAUGCAAUUACAUUGUUAUGAACAGAAAUGUGAUGUGGCUUGCAGACAGCAGCAGGCCACUACAAUGGCAGAUGUCAUGAAUUUGCAUUCAGAUCACAAUGAUUUCUGUGGGGUGCAACUCUGCUUAUUACCACUGCAAUAGCAGACUGCUUAGUCAUGUAUAAUUUAGGAACCGAACCUUGCUUCUUAGUAUGAGCUGUGACCCUAAGUGCUUUGGUGAAAUCCUAUUCAACUCUGAUGGGUUGCAGAGAUGUAAACACAUUUAGGACUGCAGCCUCAAAUGAAUAAGAUGAGUUGAAAAGGUUAUCCUUAGUAGCAUUGUCCUUAGUAGCAUUGCUGUUUUGUAGUGCAAGCUGAUCUUUGAUAGUAUUUUACAAUCACCAUGGACUCAUCUCAAGCUUAAGUUUCACAGUUGUUUAUUUCCCCCGCCCCCUGCUUUGUGCUAAUAAAAACUUUAAAAGUCA